ACCAACCAAUAAACCUUUGUGAUAAGCACAAGCACUAUGUGCACCACCACUACCUGCUAUAAUUACAGGGUAUAAAGAAAGCCUGGCUUUACAAGCCUUGCUCUUCAGUCCAGAGUUGCAACUCAGAGUUCAGGGUUCAGGGUUUCGGGUUUUUAAUUUGGUGGAAAAGAUGAGGCAUAUGUUGGUGACAAUGAGGCAGAACCUCCAGAACAUGAGGAAGAGUCCGCGUGUGGCGGAUGAGAGUAUGUUUGGUGAUCAGGGGAAUGGAGUGGUUAAUGCAGGCAGAGCGCGGCAUGGAUGGAAUGGAUUCUCUGUUUUGUGUAGCAUAGUUCUGGCGCCUCUCUCGCUUCUGUCUUGCCUGUCUCACCCUCAUAUCAGUGGGACUGAUGGAGUCUGGGUUUCGGGUGAUAUUGCACGUAUUUCAGAGAUGAAUCAUCUCAUGGUGAGCGACAGCAUGCGUUAUGCCAUCUUGAUGUAAAUUAGUAGCAGGGGUGAGUUUUAAUUUUUUUUCGUGUUUCUGAUUACUUCGUAUAGAAUCAGGCAACUGAAUGGUUAGGAUCUAGCCUGACCAAUAAUUUUGUAUCCUGUAAUUGUGUUGUUCAUCAUCAUUCUAGUAUAAAAUACAUGAAAGAUUAACAUUA